AACUUUGUGAAAGUUCAAAGCCAUUCCAAGUUGUUGCUUUAAUCAGCACUUGGCCUUCACUGCUACAGUGUGCUAAACUUAGCUGUCACUGUGGAACUUUUACUGCUCACCAGUGGGUCACAAUAGAGCUGUGGGUGGACCGUAUCGAGUUACAGCAGAUGCUGCUGUAUCUCACCAGUGAUGCCAACAAAACGGGAUUGCUUGUAGACACUGCAAAUUUUUCCUCUUUCAUUCUCCAUUUUGCCUUGGUACUCCUUUCUGUCGCCAUGGGCAGCUAUAGCUCAGCUCUCAUUCCUGACACUGAAGAGUUUCGCUCAAUUGUGUCAGACAUGGAGAGACUGAAUGAGCGUGCCCCAGAUGAGCGCUUACAGGCACAGCUGCACACUCUGGUAACACUGGAGAUGGAGCUACAAAGAACAGAUACCAAAAACCAGAGUGAAAUGUUGAAUUCCGUCUCUUCAACACAACAAGAAAACCCAGAGGAACCAAAAGCAAACAGCUCAGACUUGUCUGGAAGAUUGACUGAAAACAAAGUUGGUGAGGACUUGCUGCCAAAAGUGCUCUCUGCUCUUUUACAUCAAAUGCCGCUGCCAGACCUCAAGUCCAAAAACAGACCGAGUGUAACUUCAGACAGACAAAGUCCACCAAACCUGGAAGAGCUGCAGACCGAGCUGAGAGAGCUGAAGAAUCAGUUUGAACAGAUGAAGAGUCAGCACAACAAAGAAAUUAAACUGCUGAUGAAUGAACUAGAUGAGGAGAAAAGGAUUCGUUUGACUUUACAGAUGGAGAUUCAACGUAUGAAGAAACAUAUGUCUAAAUGAUUCAUCCUCAUCAAAGUCAAGAAACUAUUUAACUUAAAAUGAAUUUUAAGAUCCCAUUAUGUUCUUGCACUGUCGAAGGGGUCAUAUUGUGUCAAAUAGUUUUUUAAACCUUAUUUUACAGUGAAUUAUGGUUGAUAUUUCAUGUUAAAUGUUCUUAAAGUGUCUUAAUUCUUUACCUGUAGGACCUCCAUUACAAUAACUAACAAACAGGCUUGCAACAUCUCAUUUCAGUUUUCAGUGUAUGUAAUGUUAAGGUUGUAGAUCCACAGACUUGGGUAAAUUUAUUAUGAUUUUACAGACGAUGUGUGAUCCUUGAGGAAUCAGUGAUUCCUGAUUACAGAGCCUGAGAAGCUGAGUGAAGAAUUGGAGUCUGAGUUUCUGAUUGUCCUAGAUCAAGACUAAGAACCAUGCAUUUAAUGACUUCCUGGAUUCGGCUGUCAGAAGUGUUUAUGUUGAAGGUGCUGAACUUGUGACAUUAACUUGUGUCAGCAGUGAUAUUUGUGCUCAAUGUAUAAGGUUUAGAGUUGUCUCGCAAGACAGUUAGGAGUCAUGAGGUCCCUGGACAGAGGUGUUUGGCGACAUCAAUAUCUAUGUGGGAGAAUGAAGGUCCAAGGUCUUGGAGUCCAGGUACUUCUGAUUUUGCUCUAUGGUUGUAAGACUUGGAUGUUAACCAGUGACCAAAGGAGACAACUGGUUGGCUUUGGUACUAAUUCUUUUCACAGAAACUUAGGGUACCGCUAGAAUGACUUUUUGUCAAAUGAGCAGUUAGUUAGAGAGAGACUCAGAUGAGGAGUAUCAAUUGCAUUGUGAAGGAACAUCAACUAUGACAUUUGGGCCAUGAGGGACUUUUCGCUGGACAUGAACCAGCACACUGCGCCUCAGUGUUGGGGACCCCAGUGGCUGGAGAACGCUUGGCUACAGCAAAUAGAUAGUUACUUUUGGGAGGCGGAGAUGGACUGAUUGUCUGCCAGGGUGGUUGCCAUCCAGGACCCAAGGGGGUUCCAUAGUGUGGUGGAUGAAACAAUAUGCAGCACCAGUGUAUGAAUUCAGAAGUGACCUGGACUGACCAUGAAUGGUUCAUAAUAUGACCCCUUUAAAGUCCUAUAAAAAACUGUGUUAAGUACUUGUUCCUAUAUGAUGAUAAAUUUCUUAAAUGUGAACUAUGAGAAACAUUUGUGUUUGUUGUGUUUGGCUGAUCAAGAUUGUUAAAACUCCACAGGAGCAGAUUCAAGGUGAGACUCUGCAACUAAGAAUGAACAGCUGAUGAAUAAUAAUAAUGGUAAUAAUCACAAGAUGUCUUGUUAUCAUUAUAUACUUUAAUCUUUUUUGCGUAUUUGGUUUAUAUCUGACUGUAAUGUUAAUGCUUCAAGUACACCAUCUUUCCAGUGCUUCCUGUUAUAAUUGAUUACAACACAUUACUGUAAUAUUAGAACAUGUGUUAUGUUUUCUAAUAAUCUGAACAACUUGAGGCAUCUGUUAUAUUAGAGGGUGCAUAUGUCCUUUAGUAUUGUGUAUGAUUUUACCUUCAGAUUAUAUUUAGAUAAAUAAGAUUCAACUUUUCUUGGUGUCUGGAGACGAAUCCUGUUCAAAUAAAA